AUGUCCGCCAUGCUUCGCAAGAAAGAGGUCUACACGACCAUCACGCCCAUACCGGGCUUCAUCCCCCGACAGCUCGCCAUCGACAUCCUCCACUCCCACUCCGAAGUCAUCACUCUCAACCCCCUCGUGAUCGACCACAAGCCCAUCCAGGCGCCUCGCGAUGCCGCCUCGGACGAGUACUACUCGACGUGGUAUGAGAUUACCGAGCGCAUGCAACGCACACGUACGCGCCCAUGA